CGCUAGAAUCCAUCUGUAUGAAUAGACGAUCUCGGUCAACGACGUGCGUGCGUGGCUCCGAAAGACGUGGCGGCGUAUCAAACCGCUAGCUUCCCCUUCGCUUCUACUGUAGCAUCAGUUAGCUCUAACAGCAGAAGGUUUACAGUCCCAUUGAGUGUUUUGGACAUUUCCAAUAGCUGCUGCCAAAAUGAUUUCUCUCACGGAUUCACAAAAGAUUGGGAUGGGGCUCACAGGGUUUGGCGUGUUCUUCCUCUUCUUUGGGAUGGUGCUGUUUUUUGAUAAAGCUCUGCUUGCCAUUGGGAAUAUUCUGUUCGUGUCUGGCCUGUCCUUUGUCAUUGGCCUGGAGCGGACGUUCAGGUUCUUCUUCCAGAGACACAAAUUUAAAGCCACCAGCUUCUUUCUGGGAGGAGUUUUUGUGGUUCUGAUUGGCUGGCCGAUCAUUGGAGUCGUUCUGGAGAUUUACGGCUUCUUCCUCUUAUUCAGAGGAUUCUUCCCAGUGGCUGUGGGCUUUAUCAGACGAGUACCUGUGCUCGGGUCUUUACUCAGCUUACCAGGCAUCAGUUCACUGGUGGAUAAAAUUGGUGAGAGCAACGCAAUGGUAUAACAUCGGGCUGUUUUCCUAUCGGAGGAGAGUUUCAGUAUUUAUCACAGUUUCAAGCGCUGACUGUACAUUUUGUCCAUUACCACUCCAGAGCUGUGAAUCCAAGCUUUUGUUUUUCCUGCAUUUCUGUGGACAUUUGACUGACAUUGUGAUGUUUGUUACCAAGAGAUGUUUUUUAGUUGUAUUUUUAGAGCUGGAAGCAGGUCUCCCAUUUAGUAUCAUUCCAGUCUGAUAUUUUUAGACAGAUAUGUUUGGACCACUGGUUAGACUGUACAGAGAGUCAGGAGCUCCUCACAGCAGCCACUCCUCCAGAUCAUGUGCCUGAACAUUCACAAAGAUCCUCGAUGAAGUGUUACUGAGAUUUUGUAUAUAAAGAACAAGUGAUGUUAGGAUGAAUGUUACUUUGGCAAAGAAACCUGUACUAUUGUGGAAAAAGUUUAAGAGACUUGUAAUGAAUGUUUUACUGUAACUUUUAUAAGUGCAUACUUGUAAUAAAGUGUGUCUUUUUAUAAAAAUG